AUGGCCAGUCCUGCCAUCAAACUAACAAGGACAUACCAACCCCUCGACGAUGCCGAAAGCGACUAUGGAUCCGAUUUCAGUCCCGAGGAAGAGUUGAUUGUGUCGCAACUUCUGUCGCAAAACGCCGUCGAGGACAAUCCUAUCGUCAACGAUGUCGAACAUCAUGAGGCGGAACAUACUUUGCGGAUACCGCUCGCGGUUGGAGGGUCGGAACUCGCUGAGGGCGUCUUGUUGCGUGCGGCGAGAGCUGCAGAAGAGGUGUUUGAGCAGAUUAAUGAGGCGGUGGGAUGUGAGACCAGGUACCCGGACUUGGGAAAUGUAGUUAAAGAGGAGCGGCCUGCGCUUGAAGGCGUGGUGCAAGAAACUGCGUCCACCGAUGCGAAAGCGCCGGAUACACGAUCUCCCCUGGAACGAUUCAGGACACCACCGAAGAAGGGCUUAUCGGUUACAGACCUGAUAUCACCUGCGUGGUGUGAAUUACAGUAUUGGUAUUCUUUGACUCUGCAUGGCAAGAAGAGACGGACACCUGCGAUGAAACAGGGGAGUGUGGUGCAUCAGAAGUUGGAAGAUCAAGUAUAUACUACGGUCAAGGUGGACGUUACCACCAAAGAAGAUGCUUGGGGGUUGCGGAUAUGGAACGUUGUACAAGGACUUCGAACCUUGCGGAAUACCGGCAUGACCCGAGAGUUGGAAAUCUGGGGCACGAUAGAUGGAUUGGUGGUUAAUGGGAUUAUCGACGAAUUGUCUUAUAUAUGUCCAGAUACGGAUCUAGAAGAGGCGAAACCGAAAGGACCAGUCGAGGAGAAGCAUGCUCCGGAUCAGACGACGAUUGCAGAAUUCUUUAAAGCAUCGGGAGGAAGCACGUUGAAGGAAGCGACACGAGUGGUUAAGCGCCAGAAGCCUACAGAUAGAAUAUAUCUCUGCGAUGUAAAAACUCGAGGAGCAAAGACCUUACCAUCUGGUGCAGCGUUCCGACCUACGAAGAUGCAAUUGAUGUUAUAUCACCGGAUGAUAUCAGAUCUUGCUACUGGUGCAGUGGAUUUCGCCAUCUUCACUGAUCGAUAUAAACUCGAUCCUAACAAGGUCUUUUCGGAUGCACUUAUUGCUCAAGUCGGAAGUUUGAAUGUUAUGUCUCCUCCAUCAACCCAGGAGUCAUCAAAUUCGGAAAGUCCACCCCAAGACGACAUGACCAUCCUCCUCGAACACAACACCCUCUCCGCUCUCUGGACCUUCAUGAUCUCGGAAUUCCGCACCACAUUCCCCGACGGCAGUAACUCUAUCGGCUCCAUCCUGAAAGCAGAAUAUCGAUCCCGAAAUGCGGGCGAGGUUAUGGGCAGCAAGACCUUUGCGAUGGAUGAGCAGGAAUUAACGAAUUACGUCGAGGAUGAAAUGAAAUGGUGGAAAGGAGAACGAGAAACUAAGGGUGUAGCGGUGGAAGAGGCGUAUAAAUGUAGAAGUUGCGAGUUUGCGGAGGGAUGUGAGUGGAGGAUGAAGAAGGUUGAUGAGGCGGUUAAGAAGUCGAGGUCGAGGGUUAGGAGUGUGGUGUGA